AUGGCCGCCGUGGCCGUGCUCCGCAACGACUCGCUCCAGGCUUUCCUGCAGGACCGCACGCCCAGCGCCUCCCCGGACGUGGCCGCGCACUCGCCGCUGGCGCUGCUGGCCGCCACCUGCAGCCGCAUCGGACAGCCCGGCGCGGCGCCCGCCGACUUCCUGCAGGUCUCGUACGACGCGGCGCUGGGAUCGCCCUCGCGCCUCUUCCACCCGUGGGGCGGCGAGAUGCCCGCGCACUCGCCGGGGGCGCUGCCGCCGCCGCACGCCGGCCUGGCGCUCACGCCGCCCAAGAGCCACCUGCCGCCCUCCUUCGGGGGGGCGCACGAGCUGCCGCUCACGCCGCCCGCCGACCCGUCCUACCCGUACGAGUUCUCGCCCGUCAAGGUGCUGCCCUCCUCCAUGGCGGCGCUGCCGCCCAGCUGCCCGCCCGCCUACGUGCCCUACGCGGCGCAGGCCGCGCUGCCGCCCGGCUACUCCAACCUGCUGCCGCCGCCGGCGCAGCCCUGCCGGCAGCUCUCGCCCAACCCGCCGCCCGACGAGCUGCCCUGGUGGAGCAUCCCGCAGGCGGGCGCCGCCGCCGGCUGCGGCCACCGCUUCCCCGGCGCGCUGCAGCGCGGGCUGGUGCUGGGCCGCUCGGACCUGGCGCAGUACCAGACGCAGAUCGCCGCCCUGCUGCAGAGCAAGUCUCCCCUGGCGGCCACGGCCAGGAGGUGCCGCCGCUGCCGCUGCCCCAACUGCCAGUCGGCGGCGGGCGGCGCCGCGGAGGCGGAGCCGGGCCGCAAGAAGCAGCACGUCUGCCACGUCCCCGGCUGCGGCAAGGUGUACGGCAAGACGUCGCACCUGAAGGCGCACCUGCGCUGGCACACGGGCGAGCGGCCCUUCGUCUGCAACUGGCUCUUCUGCGGCAAGMGCUUCACGCGCUCCGACGAGCUGCAGCGGCACCUGCGGACUCACACGGGCGAGAAGCGCUUCGUGUGCCCCGAGUGCGGCAAGCGCUUCAUGCGCAGCGACCACCUGGCCAAGCACGUCAAGACGCACCAGAACAAGAAGCUCAAGGCGGACGGCGUCAAGCGGGAGGACGCGCGCGACCCAUGACCGCCGCGGCUCGGCCCGGCCCUGGACGCGGCCGAGACCGGGACCAGGACAGGCGCCGC